GUCACGUCAAAGAAUCCAACGUAAAUAUAGCAAAAUAAUUAACCGAAUUCGAUUUCGCGAGUUUAACGGACGCUUUAUAUUUAGCCAUAAGAUGAAUAUUAGUGUAUUAACGCCUCAUUAAUGUCAAACGUCCCCGUGAGGGCGGGGCUUGUGGGAUCGCGCGCAGGUCUCGUGUCCGGCACCGUGUAUCGUGUUGUGCGUGACUGACGCUCCGCUGCGGAACGCUCUCAGAACGCUGUUCUAACGCUUUAUAUCGAGGAGGACUGCACAGAGAGCCUGUUUUUAUCGUCUCUGGGGAUCCCCGGUUACCGGAUGAAGUCACGGUCAUCGCGACACACUCAAGCUCGUACGGAGGAACAGGAUGAGCACGGGGCUGAAGGAUGAAGCUCACAUGAGAGACAUGGCCAGGUUUAAAAACCAAAGGAUGGAGAAGUCCAAGCCGGAGUCUGAGAGGGACUCGGGCUUCUCAGACGGUGGCUCGGUGGAUCAGACGGACACAGACGGUGUGUCACGGUCGUCCUCACGAUCAUCACAGCUGACCGCAGCAGUGGACAGAGCUCUGAGCCUCUCGCCAGUCAUCCUCAUGAACCACGUGCUUCUACAGCAGUCUGGUGAAAACGCUUCGUCUUUGAAGCCCUGGGCCUUCAGUCCGUCGGUGGAAGUGGUUCCUCGUCCUCAGGUGGUCUUCCUUCAACCCGUGGUCCCGCAGAGAUCCGCCCCGGUGCCUAAGGGACCCCUGUCUAAACGCCGUCGCCACAGAAAGUACCUCCCUAUCCUCAAAUCCUACCCUAAAAUCGCUCCUCAUCCCGGAGACGGGGCGCGUGAGAGCAGCAGCAGCUCUGCUUCCAGUUCCAGCUCCUCUUCCUCAGUCAAGAGCUCGUCUUCCUCACGCGAUCAGAAAGACUCGUCUGCUAGUGUGCAGUUACCCAGCGCUCUUUCAGCGUCCGUCGAGUCACAUGCAGCCAAACACCGACCCGAAUCCACAGACGGGACAUUUAAUGCACACAAGAUAAAGCGCUUCUGCAACACUUACAACAUCCUCAGCAAGUCAGGCCUGCUGGACAUCACGCUGCGCACGAAAGAGCUGAUCCGGCAGAACCGGCGGACGCAGACGGAGCUGGAUCUCCUGCGAGAACACACCGACCUGUUCAUGCAAGCGCUGCAGACCGGAGACUCGUCCAUCUGGAGCCGGCUGCAGACGAACAUGCAAGAGGAGGACCGAGGGAAGGACAGGACGCUGCGAGACGAAGAGAACAUGAAGUGACACGAAGACGC